AUGGAUUUAUCUGAUAAGGACAUGAAGUCUGUGAUAGAAGUUUUUUGGGUCUUCGCGAACUCUGAUAUUGAGUUCUCAGGGAAGAAGACCAAACGGCAGGAGACACGGCAACUUGAUGCCUGUUUGCAACCGACAUGCUGCCCCCACCAUCUGAUACCGCUGUUAGCCUUUCCACGUACAAAAUACCUAAACAAGUACCACUCCAGAGGUAUCACGGAUUUGGUUCUACUCAGUUGGGAGGAACACGAGGAGAGCACCAGUGAGAAAAUAUUGAAAGAUUUGAGCACAAAGGGUCGCAGGGUGCCAGGUUAUGGGUUUGAGAGAGAGGUCAUGAAGCUUCUCCAUGCCUUCCAGUACCUCUCGAAGAACACGUUGCAGUACCCCGCAAAUUCUGCGCUUGACAAAAUGCCAGGACAAGCUCUGAUGAGAACAGCAAACGCCAAGGCUUACCAUGUACAGUAUUUAUCGGAGCUGAGCGCUGAGCCAAGAAGAUAG